AUGGGUUUGAGAGGAUCUCAGCAGGCAAUGUUGGGACGAGGGAAUGGAGAGUCAUCAAGGAAGAAAGAGGAAGAGGAAGUUCAGAGCAGGCACAGAAUGAUCCCCAUUGGAAGAAAGAUUUAUGAGUUCUACAAUGCUCCCAUUGUUAAAUUUUGGUUUUACACACUGGCAUAUAUAGGCUACUUGAUGCUGUUCAAUUAUAUAGUGUUAGUGAAGAUGGAUCGCUGGCCAUCUAUACAGGAAUGGAUUGUCAUCUCAUACAUUUUCACUCUGGGAAUAGAGAAGAUGAGAGAGAUAGUGAUGUCAGAGCCUGGGAAACUGUUACAAAAAGUAAAAGUUUGGCUACAGGAGUACUGGAAUGUUACUGAUCUCAUAGCUAUCCUCCUGUUCUCUGUUGGGAUGGUGCUCCGUCUGCAAGAUCUGCCACUCCGGAGUGAUGGACGAGUGAUAUACUGUGUUAACAUCAUUUACUGGUAUAUACGGUUAUUAGACAUCUUUGGAGUAAACAAGUACUUGGGACCAUAUGUUAUGAUGAUUGGGAAAAUGAUGAUAGACAUGAUGUACUUUGUCAUUAUCAUGUUGGUGGUUCUGAUGAGCUUUGGUGUUGCAAGACAGGCUAUUCUCUUCCCCAAUGAGGAGCCUUCAUGGAAGUUGGCGAAAAACAUUUUUUACAUGCCUUAUUGGAUGAUCUACGGGGAAGUGUUCGCAGACCAAAUAGACCCUCCUUGCGGUCAAAAUGAAACCAGAGAAGAUGGCAAAAUAGUCCAGCUACCUCCCUGCAAGACAGGAGCAUGGAUCGUUCCUGCCAUCAUGGCCUGUUAUCUCUUGGUAGCAAACAUCCUUUUGGUGAACCUCCUUAUUGCUGUUUUCAACAAUACAUUUUUUGAAGUCAAAUCUAUAUCCAACCAAGUAUGGAAGUUUCAAAGAUACCAGCUAAUCAUGACAUUCCACGAAAGACCUGUUCUCCCACCACCUUUGAUAAUUUUCAGCCAUAUGACAAUGAUAUUCCAACACCUCUGCUGCAGAUGGCGGAAACAUGAAAGUGACCCAGAUGAGAGAGACUAUGGAUUAAAACUUUUCAUAACUGAGGAUGAAUUGAAAAAGGUUCAUGAUUUUGAAGAGCAGUGCAUAGAAGAAUAUUUCAGAGAAAAGGAUGACAGAUUCAAUUCCUCCAAUGAUGAAAGAAUCCGUGUCACUUCAGAAAGGGUAGAGAAUAUGGCCAUGCGACUGGAAGAAGUAAAUGAGCGAGAGCACUGCAUGAAGGCCUCUCUGCAGACUGUUGACAUCAGGCUUGCUCAGCUGGAAGAUAUGAUGGGACGAAUGGUUACUGCCUUAGAAAAAAUGGCAGGCAUAGAGAGAUGUGAGACAACCAAGAUACGAUCCAGGACCUCAUCUGACUGCACUGAUGCAGCCUACAUUGUGAGACAGAGUAGCUUCAACAGUCAGGAAGGAAACACUUACAAGCUUCAAGAGAGCAUAGAUCCCACAGGAGAGGAGUCCAUGUCCCCAACAUCUCCUACGACUGCACCCCGCAUGCGAAGCCACUCUUUCUAUGCAACAAAUAUGAAGGACAAGUGUGGGUUGGAAAAGUUAGAAAGCAUUUUUAAGGAAAGAUCUCCAAGCCUGCAUCGGGCGAUCAGUUCCCACUCAAUAACAAAAGAAGGAAAGAUUCCGUUAGCCCCUACCAGCACUUUGUCAAUCGCCCCAGAUUCCAGAAGACCUUCAUCUUGUAUAGACAUCUAUGUUUCUGCCAUGGAUGAGAUGCAUUCUGACACAGAACCUCUUGAAAGCUCCAUAAAUAUUCUUGGUCCUGGAGAUACAUCUCUGCAGGCUCACAUAGCCUCUUCCCUUUUAGCUAGUAGUGCAUAUAUUAGCAGUACACCUGGCGAAAAAAUUUCUGGCAGGAGUAUUGAUUAUGAGGAAACCUCUGGAAUAGAUACAAGAGCCUUUUCGUCAGACUAUUCACAAAUCACAGAUUGCCAAAUCCCCUGGGAUUCAGACCCUCCUUUGUAUCACACUUUAGAACGAUCUAAAAGCAGUCGUUACCUGGCUACAACUCCAUUUAUUCUGGAGGAAACACCAAUUGUGAAAUCUCACAGCUUUAUGUUCUCUCCAUCUCGAAGUUACUUCAGCAGCAUUGGUGUCCCAGUCAAGACAGCAGAGUACACAAGUAUUACAGAUUGCAUAGACACCAGGUGUGUAAGCGCUCCCCAGGCCAUUGCAGAGAGGGCCAGUUUCCCUGGAAGUCUUGGGGUCAAAGUGGAAGACUUGGGAUGCUGCCACCCAGAGAGAGAAGCUGAACUGAGCCACCCAAGCUCUGAUCAUGAGGAUAUUGAGGCCAAAGACAAGAAGGGGAUCCCCUUAUCUCCUCAAGACAGCAAUACUACAAGAACUCUGCCCAACAGCAUCCCACUUCCAAAAAUAGAGCGAGCCAACAGCUACUCUGCAGAGGAGUCCAACAUGUUGUAUGCACCGCACACACGGAAAAGCUACUCUAUCAGUGACAAACUUGACAGACAGCGAAAUGCAACAGGCCUGCGGAACCCCUUUGAGAGGACUAAGUCCUCAAGGCCAGAGAGCAGAGGGGACAACCUGUCCAUGAGGAGACUGUCAAGAACAGGAGCCUUCUGCAGCUUUGAAAGCAAGCACAGCUAG